AUGAAUUCUUCUUCGGUAAAUUUAGCCGACCUCCCAAAGUAUCCAAAUUUAUAUGGAUAUGAACCAAGUCAAGGAUUAUCAAUAGCAGCUAUUGUGUGCUUUUCAACAGUGUCUCUUGUAUUAAUAAUUUUAUCAAUAAAAUUUAAAAAGUUUUAUUUUUUAGUUGCACCUGGUGCAGGAAUUGUUACAGUCAUAGGAUAUGCAAUUAGAAUUAAGAGUGCCCAAGACACCCAUGUCCUUGGAACAUAUAUUGCAACUACAUUACUUAUUCUAUUACCACCAACUGCUUUAGCAGCUGUUUUUUUAUUUGCCCAACUUGGUAAAAUUAUGAAAAGAACUGGAAUACAACAUCCAAUUUUUAAACCAAACGUUGUUAAAUAUUUAUUUUUAAUAGUGGAUAUAUUUUCAAUUAUUAUUCAAGGAGCUGGUGGCGCACUUUUAGCUCAAUCAGCAGAUAAUCCUGAUUUAGAUAAGCCAGCAAAAGGUGUGAUGUUAACAGGAUUAUGUAUAGCUUUAUGUUCAUUCACAUUAUUCUUUUUUUUAAUAAUAUAUUUAUAUAUUAAGGUAUUAAAAGUACAAGAAGAGGAUAAAAAAUGGAGAAUUAUAUUUAUUGCUUUAUUUGCAAGUGGUAUAUUAAUUAUUUUAAGAAGUAUAUAUCGUGUUGCAGAAUAUGCAGGCGGUUAUCAUUCAGCAGUUAUGAUUAACGAACCUUUAUUCUAUGGUUUGGAUACUCUCCCAAUGUUUUUAUUAAUGUGUAUUUGGAUUCCAUUCCACCCAGGUUUCGUAUCAUUAAGUAAAAAGAAAGAAAACAAAGAAGAAGAUAAGAAAAAUUAUGAUACAGAAACUAGAAAUGGGGUUGAAUUAGAAUAA